GGUGUGGAUCAUGAUGAACGGUGAGGACUGAGCAGCAGACGACGCUCAUGAUCCAGUGGCUGCCAAGUGAGUGUCAUCUUCAGGUCCUUCCAGGGGUCAGGAUAACACAAGAUUAUACCUCUUUAUCCAGGGCUUAUGCAUUACAUGUUACCUAGCUGAGCCUCAGAUUUGAGAGAAUUAGCCCUUGGACCACUUCACAAUUUACCGACAGUUCAAACGCUGGGUUGCCAUGGCAGACCACACAGAAGAUAAUGAUCCUUUUGAAGAGGAUAUUGUUUUUGAUGAGACUGGCUUACUGGGUGGGAAAAUGCCACGCUCUCGUCAGCAAUCCACUGUGGGAUUCUUGCCAACAUUUAUGCUCUUUAUAAGGACUGUGUUUCUCUGCACAGCCUUCGUUGGAUUGGGGCUGUGUAUGUCUGUGAGUGGGGAACCCUUGAUAAAAAUGGAGUUGGUUGUUGGGACGUCAGUAGACACAGCCUUCCACACCUUCACUGCCCGCUCCUUUGGGAUGCUGCUUGGAGGAAUCUUAGGUUCACUGUUAUUUGAGGUGUACAACCGUCAGUUCCUGAUAUUUGUGAGUCUUAUAUGGGUGGCUGUGUCAGUGACAGUAUUACCCUUCACUGUCCCAACUGCCCUCUGGUGGACAUUCACCACAACUGCCUCUUUGGGCAUGGGUCUUGGAUUCCUCUUUACAGGUGGGAAUGUCCUAUGUCUGGACCUGUGGGGGCGACAGGGCGGAGCUUCUCUUCAGGCACUGCAUUUCAGUUUUGCUGUUGGAGCUUUUAUAGUUCCUCUUGUCAUCCAGCCAUUUUUUGCAAGCCUGCACACCAGACUCCACAGUAAUCUCUCUGAUGGACAGGAUCUGGCCUCUACAGAUAAAGAGGUAAUGAGGUUUAUUCGUGAGUUACAGGAUACUGAUCCUCCUGCAGGUGGUUUAAGGAAUUUUUCUUUGGAUUUACCAUCCAUUUCUCUUGAAGAAAUAAAGCAUUUGACUUAUCCUAAAGAGGCCCCAACCCAUGAGAUCCCUUCACUGUUCAAUAAUACUGUAAACUUGACUUUACCUGUUACAACCAAUUAUUAUGACAGAGAGACAUCCAUUUCUCCAGUAACAACCCCAGUCAUGCCAGUAACAAUUAUAGCGCCAAAUAUAUCUUCCACUUUGAAGACACCAAAAAUGAAACCCCCUUUCACAGAUGCAAAUAGAUUAAAGCCAGAUUUAGUCAAAGAGUGGAAAAGGCCUCAUAGUGAUUCUAAAUCCAAGUCAAAUACUCCUAAACCUGGAGAAAACAAGGAACAAGAAUUGAAUCCAAGUAUUACAAACCCGAGUUCAUCAGACAUUGACACUAACCCUCCUACAGCAUCACAAGCGGAGGUAGUAGAAACAACAAAAGCCAUUGAGGUUACUACUCAUCUCAUAACCUCUUCACAACAAACAGUCAGUACUGCUCCUGAGCACCAGACAUACAAUUCAUCUCUCUCUGAUGCAGUAGAAAUUAACUCAGCUUCUAAAGCAUUAGAAGUGAACCAAACGCAUAGUGCCUCUGUCCAUACUGCAGAAGAAGCUAGUUUGGCUACAGAAAAAUCAGAAUUAUCUCCAACUUCUCCCACAACUACCAUAAAACAGACUUCGACAAGUACCACCUCAACCACAACAUCUACAACACAGUCCCCAACUACAACCACCUCAACUACCCCAGUUACAAGAGUGGCUAUUACACCCACUCCACAACGUUAUCCAAUAGUAUAUUCUAAUGGUGAGGACCAAGAUAAUGUAAGUGAUCUUGAGUUUCCUAUGCAAUACACUGACUAUGCCAAUAAUAAUAAUGAUGAUGAUAAUCAUAUUGGCACAGCAAAGAAACGCAUAGAACAAGAUGAUACAAGUCCAGAUGUUCACGAACCAAAGGUGCUGGAGUAUAAAGAGUCAAUAAAAAGUACACCAGCAGGUAUGAAUACUCCAUCAGAUGAGCCAGGUAAAUCAGAAAUGCCAUCAUUAAGUCGCCCUCCAGGGAAGCCUGACACUUUCAGCAAUGGAAGUGAUGAAAAUACUCAGUUCCUUGACAAUGUGGCACUACGACUUAAAGUUUACGGAGUGACCAAAGUUCAUUUAGCUUACAUUUGCAUUGGGAUUUUUAUAAUUCUUAAUGCUCUAAUUUCGCUUGUGAUUCUGUGUCAUAAUCCAAGAGAAACAAGAUCCAAGCAAGAUGAUGGCAACAUGAACAAGAUGCAGAAAGGUAGAAUUGUUGUAUUCACUAUUAUUUUCUCUGUUUUUAUGUUUAUGGCUGAAGCUUUGCAAGGGGCCGUCCAUCACUUGCUGGCUUCAUCAACUACAGGGACAGGUCUUGCAAUUAUCCAAGAAACAAAAAUGGAUGGUCAAGUUCUGUUUUGGGGACUAGUGUGUCUUGUAAGAUUUCUCUGUAUAUUGGUAUCUGGCUGUCUGCGCCUUAAACCUGGUAAACUUCUCGUAAUUUCAAUCCUUUUAUCAUUUAUUGGAUCGAUAUUCCUAGCAAUAGGAUCCUUCGGGAAAGAAGACUUUUUAUGGGGUGGAGUAAUAUUCCUGGCCAUUGGUUUGGCACCAGUGUUACCAACAAGUUUACUAUGGAUGGCUCAGUACAUGCGAGUGACUCAUCGUAUGUGUGCUCUUAUGAUAGUUUUGGCAUCAUUUGGAAAUUCACUUACACAUUCACUUUUAACAAGAGUGGCUGGCAACUCUCACUCUUAUGCAUAUAUCCUUGUGACAAUUAGUUUUGUAUGCCUCUUCUUUUUGUUUUUAUCAAUGUGUAAUUUAUAUGCUGCCCAACGUAGCAAAACUCUCGGCGUUCCAGUUGGUUACCAGUUGGCCAAUCAACAUGAGGAGGAAGAUAGUAUUGAACUAACUCCCUCAGGAAGUGCAGUUUUUACUCCUAAUGACCCAAGAGUCCGAGAGAAUGGAGAGGCCGGACAGUCGCUGUUGAUAGAUUAGUGGUAUUAUUAGGAAUAGCUGCUGCACCUCGUAUCAUACAUUAAAGUAACAUGGGUGGUAGAAGAGUGUAUAUUGAUGAAUCUAGUCUUUAUUUUCAUAUAUAAUUUUUUAAAUUGGUAGACGCUAGUGUUUCAAAAUUCACACAAACAUACAAGCUCUCAACCACAAAUUUUAAAGAUGCUACUGCUGAAUGGAAUGUCCUUCAUGUAAUGUUGUAUAUUUAAAUAAUAGCAGUAAAAAAAAUUUCACUAAAUUAACUUGUUAGUGUUUAUAAUGUAAUAAGCAUCAAGAUUUGCUUACAUAAGGAAGAUGGAUUUAAGAACUAAAACUGUACUUAGGGUUCAUAAUAUUAUAGAUACUCUGAACAUUUCAUUGUUUCCCUUGGCCAGGUUAACCCAUUUUAUUAUGUCCAUGAUUGAUGUGGUUAAUGCAAUCUUAGAAUAUAAUCCUUACUGUCGAUAUUCAAGGAAUCAUACAGGAUUUAAUUUUUCUUGAAUAGUUUGUUAUUUAAGUAUAAUGUCAAAUAGCAUUAACAUUCCCACAAGUCUGCCCCCAAUAGAUAGUGAGCAUACCAAACAAUAAUUGUCAUUAAUGUUCUCAGAAGUACAGAGAUGGCCUUCACUGCCCUUGAAGUAAUGUGUGCACUCUGUAAAAAAAAGUAUCUUUCGGGAGGGGUUCCAAUGAAUUACGAACUGAACAGUCCUGUUUUCUUGCUAGGGUUGGUAGGCAUGAUUGUGAGACAUUUCCUACUUAUUAUGGUAGUCUAAAUUUAGUUUUUUCAUUCCAAAUAUAAAAUUAGUUCCUUGUAAUAUGAUUGGUGUAUAACAGUAUGCCUCAUGGGCCUUUAUCAAAAAACUCGUUCAUGGUGCUAUUUUCUUUCUUCCAAGAAUUGUAAAGAUACAUUUCUUACUGAGUGUACAUCUUGUUUACAUCCAUACAUUACACCUCACUCACUUACCUACUCUUUGCUGUUAUGCUUUUAAUGCUAUCUGCUCAAAUUCUUCUCAGUUUUAUUCUUUUUUAUAAAAAUUUUUCCAUAUUUUCUUUAAAUUUCCGUACGAUUGAGCACUAUAAUGUGUGUGUGGUAAGGGGAUGCAUGAGUGUGUGUGUAUGUGCAAGUAAGUGUCCUCACAUGUAUGUGUAUGUGUUGGCAUGUGAAUGAAAAUGUUUGUGUAAUUCCAAGCUUAGCUGACCAGGCGAAGGGUGAGGUGAUGAGGCAGUAGGUGAAGUGACAUGCCAAAACACUUACACAGCGCACACUUAACAGCCCUACCAAACAAUUGUCUUAUGACAUUUUAAUUUAUAAUUCCUAUUUUAAAAUGAAUUGAUACAUGAUGGCUCAUUUUGGCUACUUUUGCACCUAGACAACUCAUCAGUGAAUAAACCAGGGCAUAUGGUGACGCAUUAUAUACUACAAAAAAAUUAUUAAGUUCUGAAAAAUACGCUACAAUAUUAUUUACUCAGUUCUCAAGACAGACCCUGUGGUAAGCACCAACCCUCUUGAGGGAUCGCGGGCUGCCGAGCUGGAGGAGGUGAGUUGUCCUCCUUCCUCCCAACCUUCUCUCCCUGGCUAUACACCAAACAUAGUUUUGUACAAUAUCUUAAUAUAAUUCAUAUUCUAUUCCUAUAAUUUACUCGUCGGUAAUUUAUGAGGAAACCAUUACCACCAGAAGGAGUUGUUCAAUUUCUUUCAAUUUACAAAAUGUUUUAUCAUAAGUUAUAUAUCAAAUUUUUCUAUUUAAUACCUGCACUGUAUCCCUUCAAAAUUACAUUACAUAACAUUUUAAAAUACAGUAUGGAGUAAGGGGAGAGACCCUUGGGGGAAGAAACUGACCGCUCACCCCCUAAAAAGGUUCGUCUCCCACUCCCCACCCCUGCCUCUGUCAUUCCUUCUGUAACUCAACACGAUAUUGUUUAUUUGUUAUUUAUUAAUUAGUAAAGAUAUAUUACUGUAAUAACUUGAGCUUAUUAAUACCUGUACCCUUCAUAUACAGUACUGUAAUAAAUAAAUAAAAAAGGUGGGAAACUUGGUAAUGGCUAGGCUUACUCGCCUCCCCCCUCCCAGUGCAUAGAGGUCUGGGGGGAAAUUUCCUUAUUAUUUUGCUUGUCAUUUAAUUUUGAUGUCAAAUUAAUAAUUAUCUAUUGUAUUUUUUCUAUAGUAUUUAAUAUUUUAUUUUAUCAGUGAUAAAACAUACACCAUAAGAAGCUGAUCAUACAAGAAUAUAUGAUAAUGAAUUCAGGCAAAUAAAAAAUGUUAGCAAUGAGGCAAGGCGCCGUGUCUCACACAGUGCUGGAGAGAGAGAGAGAGAGAGUGUGUGUGGUGUUGCUGCUGUUGAAAUGUGUUCUUGACACACACACACACACACACAGGAGUUAAGACAAGAAGCAUCCAGAAAGAGGGUCUUGUGUGACUGUGUGAUGGCGAGAUAAGAUCAGCUGCUGAGAAGCACUUGGCAAUACAGUGCAUGUUACCACUCCAUCUCUUUAAUCACCCACACAUUUCUGUUUUCUCACUCCAUAUUUUAAAAUGUUAUGUAAUGUAAUGUUGAAGGGAUACAACUUUGCUUAUUUAUACUUACACUUAUCACAAUCUUUAUUCACGACAUCUCCAGGUCAUGAAACCUGCUUAAUCUCCCACCUAACAAAGGGUGACCUGACUUUCCAUCAGAAUGUCAGUACUGUAAUAUGAGAUCACUAAUCCCCCAUCCUACCUCGACCUGACAUUGCAUCAGGUCAGGUCAGUUACACCAGACCCACUAAUCCCCCACAGCUCCUUGGGAGUGGAAAAUACCAGUCUUUGUUGUAACACACAGCUUCAUUCAUGCCCAUAUCAUGUAGAUUUUUAGUUUUUAAAUAUAUUUAUUUAACCAAACUUUUAGAUAAACUAUGCUGGAUUAUUAUAGUAAGGAAAUGGAGUUCUAACUUAAUUAGAACUGCAUUAUGGACGCCAGUGGUUUAGACUCGAGGAAAACAUCCCCAGCACCCAGAAACGUUCUGGGGAUGUGGGUUAGUGUCUGUCUGUGCAAGAUGUACAGUUUAGAAACUUGGAAACUUUUCCCAGUAACCGGAAAAGAUUCCGGGGAUAAGGAAUUUUUCCGGGCUUGAGAAAGUUGUCCGGUUACCCAGAAAUCUCUCAUCCGUGGAAGUGCUCUGCACCAAUUGUUCCGGCUAAUGGGGUUAUCACUGUAUUUGGGCACAAGUAUGUGUGGAGAGUGUUUGUGUGUAUGUGAGGGCAAGUGUGUGUGCAUGCUGUGCACACAUGUUGCAAGGUAAAUACAAUGGCAUAGUGUGUGACCCUUCUUAUUUAUUGAUAUAUUUUUAUAUAUUUUCAAUAGUCUUCUCUCAGGACUUUUCAUUUUAUCUUCUUAAUACAACACUAAAAAUUGCUGCUAUUCUUUAUUUGUUUAUUAGUCUGUGCCAAAUUGAUGCUGAGUACAGUAAAACCUUCCCAAGUCAGACAAUAUCAGGCGAGAGACUGUGUCUUACAGUAUCUAGAAUUCUGCUUUAUGCCUAAGUUGCAACUUAACUUCCCCCUGAAAGCAUCAUUUUGCUGAAAAAUACCUUCCAAAAACAAAACUAAACUUGACAGUACAGGAUACAUUUUACACUGCACUUACUUUUAUUGUAGCAGAUGAAUCUAGAGGUGGAGGAUGAGGGGGGGCUGCUUACACUUAUAGUGACUAUAUUCAUACUGCAUAUUUAAUUAGACUGCAUUUAACUACUCUUAUAUUUAGCUACACUCAUAUUUUUAGUUUUUUUUUUCUUUCUUUUUUUUAACUGACGGUACAAGCCUCAACCCCCUGGUAGCUUAUUGGCUGAUACAUAAUAUUUGAUUAUUAUAGAUAUAUUAUAAAUAAAUCCAUAUAAAAUUGUUAAGGAUACCUAAUUCUGGCUCAUGUUAAGGCUGAUUUUAAUGAAUGUAAAGAUAUAACUACUUGAAAACAUUACUUUCAAGGUAACUUAUUGAUUUUUUGUAAGUGAAUUUGUACAUCUCACACACACAUAGCGGGGUCUCAUCUUACACAGGUCUCGUUUGCAAGGUCAACGCAUGCGCAAUUGGUUGAAACAUGACCGUAGUUAUAGCUUACGUAGAAAUCAAUGGAUAACGCAAGUAGCGGUAUAGCAUUAAUUUAGUUUUUUUUUAUUAUUAUUAUUAUUUAGAUUAAUUCGAAAAAAAAUGGGCUCUGGGUCACUGAAAAAGACAGUGCUUGAGAGAUGGUGAGUGCUGGCAUCAUUGUUAAGGAGAGCAGAACAGAUCAGCUGAUACCACUCUGUACUGUAUAAAAGAGACCACAAUAGCUCAUCUGGGAUUGAGUGUUGGAUUUUGGGAGGAAAAUUAGUGAUUUUUUUAUAAUGUUUUAUUAAGCUUGGCACCAAAUGAGCUUAAAUAAUAGAGGAAUGAUGGUGAAAUUGCAUGUUGUCUUUAUAAAGGGAUCGCAGGCUGCCAAACAGAAGGUGUCCUCCCUCCCUCCUCCGCCACUCCUCAUAUACAUACCCAAACGUAGUUUUGUAUCUUAAUAUGAUUCGUAUUUUAUUCCUAUAAUUCAUUCAUCUUAAUCUAUUUCAAUAUACAUGUAUAUUCCUAUAAUGAUAAUCGACUUUUCGGAACUGCACGGUUAUUUCAGAUUCAACCCAAAUUCAAAUUAUUUAUUCAUUUAGAAAAAAUACAAAUUAAGCCAAAAUACAAAUUAACGAGGGUACAGCGUACUGUAUAUUGCUUUUGUCGUUAUUCAAGGCAUCUUCAGAUCAUGAGAACCACCAUGACAAUGGGUGGCCUGAUAUUACAUCAGGUCAGGUCAGUUACAUUAGAGAAUGAGGAGAAAUUUACUUUUUCCCACAGACAUAAUAUUUCUUUCUUAUCUCUAUUUUCUUUUUAUUCUUUAAUUACCUGUACUCUAUUUCUUUACAUGAUUUCUCAUACAUUAUUCCUGAUUCAUGUUCUUAUUUACUUAAGCAGUUAUGGAGGUCAUAGAGAGGUGGAGGAGAGAGUGGAAGAGGCAGGGUGUAGUGCAGGAGGAAGGGUUGACGUGAUCACUUUUCCCUCACCUCCCCAACAAUGAUCGCUUGUCCUUUGUCCCUUGUAACCGAGUACAGUAUAUGCUCCUCGCACGCCAUAUCAUAUAGUUUUUUUUUUUUUUUUUUUAAUCAAACUUUAGAUAAAUAUUAGGAUUCUUUGGGUAAAAAAGUGUUUGUAACUUAAUUAGAACUGAUUUUAUAGACCCCGGUAUCAACAAGAGAUGACACCAUGUCUAAACAUGCUGGAGGUGGGGGGGGGGGGCCUAUUGCCUCAUUCAUUAGUUUGUUUUUAUUUAUUCAUUAAUAUUUUCUCGUAUGAUCAGCCUAGUAUGGUGUAUGUUUCAUCAUAAAUAAUAUAACAUACAAUAUUAAAUAAUAGAACAAAGUACGGUAUAUAAUUUAACUUCAAAAUAAAACAACAAGCUAAAGCAGUAUUGGUGGUGUGGCGGUACCAGAGCAGAUUGAGGGAGGCAUGACUCAGCAGCAGGUGAUGCAAGCUGUGAGCAAUGUUGAAGAACUCAAGGAUGCUUUAAUGAGUGUUGAGCCCAGCCUGCAACACAGUGACGAACUCAGUGCGCAGUUAGACAAUUUGGUGGAACCCUACGGGCAACGUUAUCAGGAGUUUAUUAAACGCCACCGCCAAACUCUCUCUCUGCCUAUUUUAUGCCUCAACAAUUCAAGGAGAAUCCAGUGGCGAUGACUCUGCCACCCUGGAUAUUGGUGAUAAAGCUGAAGUUGCUUUACAAAUUUCUGCAGUUGAUAUUGAAGGCUUUGAAUCCAACUACCCUUCACCCCCUGCUUUGAACCCCCCAUCCAGGGGCAGAUCCAGGAAUAUCAAAAGGGGUGGGCCAUGAAGUUGUGGGUAUUGGACCAAUAUCAUGGACAUUUUGAGGCCAUGUGUGCUUGAUAUUAAGAGAUAUUCUGAGGUCAAAAGUAAUUACUUUUUACAAAAAUGCCAGAGUUCAUUUCUGCAUUAAAGGAAAGGUAUUGGAAUUUCCUGAUGAAAAGGGGGACCCAGACCCCCCCCCUGGAUCUGUCCUUGCCAUCGUCUCCCAGAGCUUCCAACACCACCACUAUUCAGUGGAGAUAGUGGAGUAUCACAUACUGUAAUUAACUUCCUGGGCUUUCUUGAAAAUUUAUUUAAUUUACUUAAUAAUGUAGAUUUAGUUUAUGUGAUAUUAUGUGUAAUUUUUGGAAAAUUACCCUAAGUUGUUCUAGAGUAAAGGUCUGGCGAGUCCAGUACUGCAUGUUGUGCUGAGUGUUUGUCCUCUGAAAAUUUUGGAUCUAUUGUAUACCCUUUAUUAUCUCUCCACAUGCAGUACAAACUAUCCUAGGAUGAGUGCAAAGUACCUAGGAAGUUGUAGUGGUAUGCCUUCCUCAAAGCAGAAAAGGAAAUUCAUUAAUUUGGGUACUAAAUUAGAAGUCUUACUGCAUUUUCACGCUGAUCAGCAUGCAAUGGACAAUUAUGUUGCUCUAGGCCUCGAGUCCACCUCAGUGAAAUCCAUUCAUGGUAGUGCUAAGAAAUUCCAAUUCCACAUCUAGUACAUUCCCACACUCCACCAUGUCAGCCAACCUUUAUAAUCACCAUUUUUCAGUAUAAAUUUGUUUGUGUAAACAGCAAAUCCUCUCUAAGUUAGGCUAUAUGGGGUCUUGAGCAGGCUGUACAGAUUAGCAGUGUUUGGCAGCCUGGCCAUAUCCCUUUGCUAUUGGCAUUGUCCCUUAUGUAACUUUAUGGAAUUGGUUUCUUAGUGGACCAUCCUUCACAGGCUCCUGCUCUCAUGAGCAUUCAUAAGGCCAUGGGCUGGUAGGAGCUAGGGAUAAGAGAUACUGUAGUGGAGGGAAGGAGUCUUAUGUACAGUUGGGAUAAUAAGUACUGUACUGUACAGUAUUGCUCAUCCUAGUGGUGGAAGCAGUCUUAUUUAGCAGAAUAUAAACCAGAGAAGGGGCGGAGUUAGCACAUUAACCCAUGAAUGGCCAGGAGAGGCAUUUCAAGAAUAUUCACAGGGCCUCCCUUCCAAUAGAUAAAAUAUAUUUCAUCCCUCAAAACCAUUUUAUGCAACAUUUCACUUUUUUAAUGAUUUAUACAAAUUUUGUAUUGUAGAUCGUCAAAUUUUAUUGUUUAAUUGACUACAGUACAGGUACUAGGUACAGUAUAUAAAAAUGUCUUAUGGUCACUCAUUUUGUUUAUUAAAUAGGAGGUAACUAAUGUAUAGUACAGUAAACGUACCAUUAGUAUAAACUCGUUUCAAUAGAGGGUUAUUUAUGCUAGGAAUUGUUUGAUGGCAUUCUUUAAACACACAGAUUACUCCAAAUUUUUUUUUUUAUAGCUCUUAUUGUCUACUUAUUUACAGAGCUCAGAUGAUUAUCUCACUGUACAGGUAUUUCAAAGAUAUUUCCCUUGAACUGGAUUUUGCCAAGGAUUCACAUAUUUUAUUAUGUAACAUAAGGAUACAAAUAAAAAAAAUAUAGCUUUUAAUGGGUGAUAUAAAAAUUUCUGCAUUUUCUAAAUAGAUUUGUAUAUAUUUGACAGAUCAGUUGAUAUUCCAAGGAUUUCUUAAAAAAGAAAAAUAAUGUGAGAAGCAUAUGUGAAAAGGUUCCCCUUGUGAUUAGAAAUACAGGUAUGUACUGUAUAAUAAUAUAUUUUUGCUAAGGCCUCUUGUUAAAAUAAGCAGAAGUACCGUUUUGUCAGAAGAGUUAUUUGUCCAAUAAUUCUUUUUUGAACAUUCCAAUAAACACAAGGACUCCCCAAAAAGUAACUGUGCACUGAUCUGGAAUAAAAAAAAAAUAUUUGACGAUACAUAUUUACCCUCUUUCUUUAACAAUCUUGGUGCACUAGUGCAGACACAGUUUAUCUUUAGCACUCCAGCAGAAAUACUCUCUGGAGAUAUCCUUUUACUCUUGUCAUGCUGUAGAGUGUUUUUUCAUUGUAAUGCUGUGAAUUUGUUAUUACAUAUUAAUAAUAAUACCAGCAGUCACCAUAGACUUUUAAAGGACCUUAGUACUGUACGGUAAUUUUUUGUGUAUAGGUAAUGGAGGAAGAACUGAAAAUAUUAAUCUAUACUUUGUAUGUUUGUGUUCGUAAAGGCAACUAUAACGAUUGUUUUUUUUGUGAACGUGAAUCCAUCUCUGAAAAAAAUAGUUAUGUCGCAUCUUACGCGGGUUUACAUUCCGAAGAGGGCGAGUAAAGGCAAAAUUACCCAUGAAAAUCCCUUAAAUCACCCAUAAAGUACAUGGGUAUAUAAACCUAUACUGUAAUGUUGUUUAGAAAUAAUAUAAAACUAUAAAAUA